AUGAGUUUAAUUGAUCAAAUUCUUAGCAUAGGAAAUGAUCUAUCAGGGCCUUAAAUAUUUGUUGUUUGUUAAAAAUGGUAAUUUAGCAUAUUAAAGAUUAGGUAUGAAUAAUUUCAGGAUGAAUUGUAUAAUUAUAAUACUAAAUUCUCUAAAAUUGAUAACUAUUCACUUUGGUAUUAUUUUAUGGCAAUAAAUUUAGCAUUUGUUAAGAGGAACAAGUGUAAUUAAAUAGCAUUUUGAACAAUUUUAAGAGAGAGUUCAAUAUUUAGCCAAUAAUUAUACAACAAAACUCAUAGGAGUAAAUUCUAAAAGUUGAUAAGCGUAAUUAAGCUCAUUACAUAAGUAAAGCACUUUGGGAGUUUUUAGAAGAGUAAGUGAAAGGAGGUAAACAAUUAGAAUAUGAUGUAAUUUAGGUCCAUGUAUUCCAUUAUACACAAUGACUAAAUAGGAAUCAAAUGUAGUACGAACAAUGUUUGAUAACCUUAAAUUUAUGACAAAUAAUGAAAUUGAGGAAUUGAUGCCUAAUUUAGUAGUUCCUGUAGAUAUGAUUUAAAUGGAAUUUCUUAUUUAAAAUGAGGAUGAUUCUCUAAUAUACUUUACUAAAGUUGUUCCUUUAGCUUUUACAAUAGAAUAAUUGAUAACAAAAAUAUUGACUCCUCUUUUUGACAUAUCAAAUCUAAUGUGUUACAAUUACUAUUUAAAAAAAUUCUUAAGUAACAAAAGUUCAACAUUUAUUUGUGAAUUAUAAAUCAAAUCAUUAUGGUUUCUUAAAAAUAUAAUGAAAAAUUGUGUGAAAAUCUAGAAUGAAGAAUUAGAAUUCACAGAGAAUUUGGAUGAAGUCUAAAUGAUAGAAGAUUUCUAAAAUUUUAAAACAGAAUCUACAACAGAAUCUAGAAUACCAUCUUUAUUGGAUAUAUCUUAAUAAUAAUAAAAUAAUCAUAUUCAUGAAUUCGAUGAUGAAGGUAAUCAGAGUAAUUUAAGUAAUUAAAUUAUUAAUAUAUAAGUGCUUAGAGAUAUAGAUGAUUUUAAAAAUGAAAUUAGUACUACUCUUAAACAUAAGAAAAACUAAUUAUUAGUCCUUUUAAAAUAUGAAUAGGCAAUAGAAAACAUAAAUUAAAUUAUUUAAUCAAUAGAAUAAGAUAAUUGUUUUAAAAAAGAAUAAUAAGAAGAAGGAACUAAUGAUGAACUCAUUGAAUAAGAUAUUUGA